AUGAACCCCGUGGCUUUUGCAAGUAAAUUCCAACCUUACGAUUACCAGAAAUUGUUUUACCAAACAGCAGGUGAUAUACAAGAGGGUACAUGUCAGUGGCUUGUCGAAAAUCCAGUCAUCAAGACAUGGCUUCUCGAAAAGUCUUACAGUGUCGUAUGGCUUACGGGAAGCCCCGGAAUGGGCAAGACGUCUCUGGUGGUGAAUUUUGCCCAGUCAUAUCACGCCUUGCUUGGAGAAAAUAGACGACGACCAAAUGAUAGUGCCGUACUCUACAGCUUGUGCGAUCGAGAGAACAACGACCUUGGCAAGAUUCUAUGUGUGGCCAUCCACCAGUUAUUGGAACCGCGCGCUAAAGAAGACUUUGGCUUGGAGGCCAUCGACUGUGCUUACGAACUCUUUGCGUCAGAGGAGCUGAGAUCGAAGGAAUGUUGGAAUCUUUUUCCCCGCCUACUUUGGACCUACUUUUGCAACCUGUGUAUCAAAUCCAACUUGAAGAAGGUCUAUCUUCUUAUUGAUGGCAUUGACGAGUGCAACGAGGAGACGCAGAGGGAGCUUUUCGGUCUGCUGAAGCCAAGCCCAUCAAUACCAUCCAAUCUCCGGGUGCUGAUAUCGAGCCAGCCCCUCGAAACUGUUCGAAUAAUGAUCUCCAAGAUGAAGUCGCUCAAGAUAGAAUGCCUUGACCUUCAUCUCGAGGACCGGAAUGUCAAUCUCGACAUUGAUCGUCACAUUGAUAAGGAAGUGGACCUAAUCGGAGAACUUCGCGGCUACUCUGCUAGUCAAAUAGCUGAGACAAAAGACUAUCUGAAGGAAAGAAAAUGUGGUACCUUUCUUCCAGUUGUAUUAGUCUUACUUCAGCUUCAAGAAUCACCAGUGUGUGAUCUGGAGACGAUUCUGAAGGAGUCUGCCAACAAGCUCGAAGAUCUCGACUUAUUAUAUGAAGUUCAGUUGCGUCGCAUGUCGUCCGCCAUGUUCAGGAAGCCGUCCAGGCUUCUGUCGAACCUUCUCUACGCUUAUCGACCGCUCACCGUAUCCGAGUUGGCUUGUCUUUGCCAGUAUCCAGAGGAGCGUCGCACACUAGGCCACGAGCAGGACGGAUACUUGCGUCACCGAGGCCUUCGAAAUGAUCUCCGCUUGCUUGGUCCUAUCUUAAGAAUCCGAGUGUCUGAUGAUACCGUGCAAUUCAUCCAUUCAUCGGCGCGAAAAUUCCUUCUCGAGCGGUGGCCGUGGACGGGCUCAUGGCACAACGGCAUCCUCCAUUCCCCCAGCGAGGGCCAUAAAGCACUCGCGCUGUCCUGCCUUCAGAUUCUGAUUAAAUGUUCCGACUUCAUCACGAAAGAAACUCCGUACCCGUGGGAGGAUAACCGAGGUAGUAAGCUUGACAAAAUCAUGAGGAAACAUCAACUCUUGGCCUACGCGCGACUAUACUGGGAUAGUCAUGUCAAGGAAAUGUAUAGCUCGACCGGCGAUAACACUGGAGACUGCGGCGCGGUGGUAGAAAAGUUCGCUCAGAUCUCUGAUCUCUACGCCGACGAUAGAACGGGGCGACUCCAUCUAUUCCUAGCCCACCGACCUAACGGGGGCCGGCAGUAUGAAAUGCUACCGUCCUUUGAAUUUGCGCCUUCCGAUGAAAUCAAAAGAUUUCUAAGACAUAAGGAACAGGACCUUUCUCCAAGGUACUACGCGGGCACUCCCUUGGUUUUCUAUGCUCGUUUCGGAAACAAGCAGUUAUUUCACAACUUCAUUCAACGCCAAGGAGAAAAGAUGGCCCUGGUCCGCUACGAGAGGCACUUGUCUGCCACUGUCCUCCAAAACGCCGCACUGAAUGGUGAUGUAUCUCUCAUUCAGGCGUUGGUUGAUGCAUACGGAAGAGAGGCACUGAGCGUCGAGAAAACACCUGGGCUCUUGUACCUUUCAUCAAGCUCAGGAAGAAGUGAACUGGUGAAUUAUUUUCGUGAAACGAUCCCGGUGGUGGACCUCGAUGAAUUUCUCGCGUCUAUAACGGUCGCGGCACAAAAUGACGACGUGAAAGUCCUGAAUGAAUUGCUGGAUAGCUGGACAACCGAAAUCAAGGAUCUGCAUGGGCUGAAUAUCCUUCAGCGCCUGACCACGUGCAUGUGUGGUCUUGGUGGCGUCUCCAGGAUUGGACCAGAUGGAUUCCUGAAGACCUCGACAUUACUGAUUGAGCGAGGACUCGACCUCAACGAAGCGGACAAUAUUGGGAACACCGUGCUGCAUCAUUUAGCUUGGAAUUCACACCUCGGGACGUUGGAGGUGUUCAAGCAGCUUAUCGACUACGGAGCAGAUCCAACACUGCCAAAUAACGGAGGAGCACUUCCCGUUCACCUUGCGGCGCAUAUCGUCGAUUACGAAACGUUUGAGUUCCUUCUGUCAGCCACCGAAGAAGUGGAAGCGUACAAGAGAAACAUGUCAGUGAUAUGGCAAUCUGCCGGAAGCGAACUGCCUUACUUCAAGUCUCACGGGGAUCUCACGCCUUUACACUGGGCAGCUUCUCGACGUUUCGACGAUGACAAUAACAGCGUUGAGAUUAUCAAGACGAUGCUAAGUCGGGGAUUCCAGAUGACGGAUGUAACUAGAAACGGCCGGACGCCGAUUAAGAUUGCUCUCGAAGACCCUAGUGCCUUUGAUAACUUUCUAUAUAUCGCGAUUUCACUUGAUGGCGUUCAUAAUGUGGGUGUCAGUACGAGACUCAGCCUGAUAGACGUCAUCUUCCCGUAUGCUGGGAAACGUGGGGCGUGCAGGGAUGUUGUAAUCGAUUGGCCUCGAGUCUACCACGUGUGGGACUCGAUGAAAAACCGAACUUUGAGAUCGCCUGAGAGACGUCAGUCGCUAAUCCCAGAUAUUCCGAUGGUUAUCCCUGGACCUCAGGAUGCUUGA